CUGCAAAUCAAUAAUGUUACUCUUAUUCAUAAAAAGCUGUUGUCUGUGAAUAAUACUAUACAGUAUUUAUAGAUUGAAGUUUUGAUGAAGAUAACAAAGAUGUAUAGUAGAUUAUUUGAACAGCUAUUUAUGGAAAUGGCUAACAAACUUGUAUCAGAUGGUUAUAGAGAUGUGGGCUAUACAUAUAUAAAUAUUGAUGAUUGCUGGAUGUCCAAAUUCAGAGAUGAAACUGGUAAAUUGGUUGCUGAUCCUGUAAGAUUUCCAAGAGGAAUUUCGUUUCUUGCUGAUUAUAUGCAUUCUCGAGGUCUGAGAUUAGGAAUUUAUCAGAGUUUUGGACGUCGUACCUGCAUGGGUUAUCCUGGCAUAGCUGGCCAUAUAGAUCAGGAUGUAAAGACAUUUGCUGAUUGGAAAGUGGACAUGGUGAAACUUGAUGCAUGUAAUUCAAAUCCUAGAGCUAUGGAUAAGGGCUAUGUGGCUAUAGGAAAGUAUUUAAAUAAUACUGGAAGGCCUAUGGUAUAUUCUUGCAGUUGGCCUUACUAUCAACUUUUAGCUAAUAUGGAACCAGAUUACAAAUUAAUAGCCCAUAAAUGUAAUAUGUGGCGAAUCUAUGAUGAUAUUCAUGAUUCUUGGAAAAGUAUUGAGAAAGUUAUUGAUUUCUUCGGUGAUAAUCAGGAUGUUCUAUCCCCCCACAUUGGUCCUGGUCAUUGGAGUGAUCCUGAUAUGUUAAUGAUUGGAAAUCCCCGUCUAACAGUUGGUCAGGCAAGGGCACAAAUGGCAGUGUGGGCUAUGAUUCCUGGCCCUUUAUUAAUGUCAAAUGACUUGAGAGACAUUCAUGUAGAGUUUCAGAAGAUUCUGUUAAAUACUAAAGUAAUUGCUAUUAAUCAAGAUAGUCUUGGGUUGCCUGGGAAACGCAUAUUUAAGAAAAAUCACUUAGAAAUCUGGAAGCGUCCAAUACAGCCUGUAGGAAAUAAUGCUACAUCAUUUGCUGUUUUAAUCUUAAGCAGAUAUCCUUAUAAGUUUGGUGCUGUGGCAACGACAAUACAUCUUGCUGAAAUUGGUUUAAAGAAUGAGAUGGGUUAUUUAGUUACAGACUUGUUCAGUAAUUUUGAUAUGGGUCAUUUUUAUCCAAAUAAUUCUUUGAGAGUGUCUGUGCCUUCUGUUGAUGUGAUCAUGCUAACCUUUAAAUUGCAUAUAAAUAGUUAAGUAGUUAUCUUGCUGCAAGUUUAAUUUAUUCAAGGAAACCCAAAUUCCCUUUUUGUGCAAAGAAUUAAAAGAAAUCAAAGUGUCUUCCUCAUGCUGGCUUUUGAUUCUGUAAUUAAUGUUUUUAUAAUAUAUUCAUAUAAUGUAGUUAUGUAUUUUAAAAUUAUGUGUGACGAAUCAAUAAGAGAUCAGAAAGCAUUUUAUGAAGCUUCUUUUGUUCUGAACUAGUUAAAAUUUUUACUGACGCCUUUUAAGUAAGAUCUCUUUAUUUGUGUCCUGUAAUUUAUGGUAUCUUGAGAAGUUCAUCUGUUUUGUGUAAUGAUAAGUUUUCAUAUUAGUAAAUACUUUCAAAGCUGCCAGCCUUGAAAUUGUAAAAAAACUGAGAGAUUUUUGCAAGAAAACAGGAAGGUUUUCAUGCUGUGCAGUGACACCAUUUUGAAGAAACUUCAAACUGACUUUAAUUCCCUUUAUAAUGUAUGGUUCAGGUUAUUGCACUAUUUUAAAUUCAGUUCCGAUUUAGAAUAUUUUAGCAUUCAAUGAAAUAUUGUAAAAUUAUGCGUUUUGAAUAAUUUUAUUUUAAAAUUUGCUUACAUAUUUAUACUGAGAAAAUCGCAAGGAU